GUGUAACGAAUGAGGUCAUGCAGAAGGAGGAAACAGAUCUCGACAGCUAAGAUGGCGGAGGAGCAGCAGGAAUCAUCACAGGGAGAGAUGGAGGGAGUGAACUGCCUCGCGUAUGACGAGGCCAUAAUUGCUCAACAGGACAGGAUUCAGCAGGAGAUAGCCAACAGUAACCCUUUAGUGUCGGACAGACAGGACCUGUCAGUGCUGCAGAGAGAGUACGCUGAGGAUGACACGGUUUAUCAGCUCAAGAUCAAGGACCUACACAAAAAAUACUCGUACAUUCGGAAGACGCGGCCAGAUGGAAACUGUUUCUACAGAGCCUUCGGUUUUGCACAUCUUGAGUCCCUGCUAGAUGACAGCAAAGAGCUUCAGAAGUUCAAAGCAGUUGCAGCUAAAAGUAAACUGGACCUGGUUAACGAAGGCUUCACUGAGUUUACCAUUGAAGACUUCCACAAUACUUUCAUGGACCUGAUCGAACUAUGUGAGAAACAGCCAAGCCUGCAGGAGCUGCUGAGCAGCUUCAACGACCAGAACAUGUCAGACUACGUGGUGGUAUACCUGCGGCUGCUCACCUCAGGCUAUUUGCAGCGUGAGAAUGGCUUCUUUCAGCAUUUCAUAGAGGGAGGACGCUCUGUCAAGGAGUUCUGUCAGCAGGAGGUAGAGCCAAUGUCUAAAGAAAGUGACCACAUUCACAUCAUCGCCUUAGCCCAGGCCCUGGAUGUAUCCAUCCUUGUGGAGUACAUGGACAGAGGAGAGGGAGGAACAGUCAAUCACCACGUGUUCCCUGAAGGCGGUGACCCUCGCAUCUUCCUCCUCUAUAGACCUGGCCAUUACGACAUCUUGUACAAAUAGCACUCCUGGCCACAGCCCACCUCAUCCUCCUGCUGUUGUGCCCCGACAGCAGCGCGUUCAAAAAUAAGUUCAGCAGCCACGUUGAUGAAGCAUACAUCUGUGUAUGAAAUUACACUCAUGUAUUUUGAAAAAAAAAUAAAUAAAAAAAAUAGUUGAAAUCACAUUACAUGCCUCCUUUACCCCCCUCCUGCCCCUCAACGCCCCCAAGUUUACCCUCAGUCGUCACAAAAUGGUUAAAUGAUAAAAAAAAAAAAGUCCUUGGAACAAUAGAAGUGACUCCAGCCAUUUAGAGUUGUACAGGUUUUUUUUCUUUUGUGGUUGUAAAUGUUAUCUACUUGCUUUAUGUUUGAUUCUUUUCCUUUGUUACGCUGCGUUUCAUUGAGUUUUAUUAAAUCGAUUUACAUCUUA